AUGGCGCAAUCACAGCCGUUCGGUCAGCCGGCGUUCAGUACUCCAUCUGGUAGGCACGGUUCCGGACUCUCUUCAGUGUCUUCAGCGCAAACGGCGGGCAAGGAUGUAGUAAAUCAGGUAUUUAGAACUCGCGUGCGCUCAAUCUGCGGCCAUAAGAAAGACAGUCGUGCUAUUCUUUUUUUAGUGUUGCCAAUUGUGGCUAUUAUCCUAGCUUGUUUCCGUGGACGGUACCGGGGGACUGGGGGAAAAAAUGUGCCGCGAAGGCUGGCAACUGGACCGCCACAGAAAGAGGAUGACAGGGAACUUUCGGAUAUUCUCGACAUGUGCUUGGAGAUGGAAGAGGAGAGGAGCUUCUUGCCACCCGCAGCAUCCCACGUAGCACAGACCGGAUUCGCAGAAAGACAAGGCAUGCCUGUCAGACCCCAGUAUGAGCAGAGCCUGCAAGCAGCCCAAGCAGCUAGGCCUUUGCUCGACGGAUCCAUUUUUCAACCCCACCUCCCAUACAGUCAACUCCGCCUGAGCACUGAGGCGGGGAUUGCACAGGGCCAACAGGGAUGGCUUGGUGCUUCCACGGAGGUGUUUAGUGGGCUAUAUAUGGGAAAUCCUCAAAUAGAUUCGCCGGGCAUAUCUUCUUUCCCACCCGCUGAUAAUAAUUCAUAUCUCAGCGGGCUUGGCAACUCUGCAGUCCCCUUAUCGGGAGGCGCAGUGCCAUAUUGGGGCCUUGGGGGGCCGUUGGCUCCAAAAGCGCCUUGGGCGCCUUCUUUUGUAAGUCAAGGCGAGUCGACCAAUACGCUUAAUCCAGCACUUGCUAGUGGACCGCCGUGUUCAUUAGUUCCUGAAGGUCUCACGCUGAACCAGCCCCGUCCUCGUCCAAUCCGUCCUCUUCUGCCAGCCCCUUCGUCCUCCUCCUCCACCAAUGAGACGCCUCAGGAAGGUACUACGGCACCAAAGAAACCUCCGAAAAGGCGUUCUGCCUCAAUUCUAAGCCAGCUGGCAGUUCCCGGAAAGAAGCGGAAGGGACAGCGCUUUUUGAAUAAACAACUUUACGGUGGCGUUACACCUGAGGGUCCCGUUGAGUUCGUAGUUUUCGCCCCACCUGAAACACAGACGAGUGCAACCGAAAGCAGUGUGAUUCAGGCUUCCGCUGGCUUGUCGGGCGAAGCAAGCUGGUCAAGCAAGGAGACAUCCUCGGGCGAAUCAGAAGAAACUGCUGCGCCAAGUACGGCGCAAACUACAGACGCUCCUUGUAGCGAUUCACAGUCUGAGCUUACAGAAUCCGACCCCGUCUCCGAGUCUUUCAGCGCUUUGCAUCCCUUUUACAAGCUACCGGUGUUGGAGGCUAAUGCUAUCGUGAGGAAAUUUUGCGCGGUGAACGCGUUUGGACACACCAUCUUGCUCGUUCAUCCUUCAUCGGCCUUGAGGUUCAUGCAGACCUCUUUCGCAAAACAGCGCAUUAAUGAAAGGGAAGCUAACGGGAUUAUUAUCGAGUCUCAACGUAUUGUGAAUCACUUGUUUAAUUUCCAUAGAUCAGCUGUCCCGUGGCGGAGCGCUUCCAAAGCUGUUUUGACUCUAGGACUUCGCUACCUGAUGCUGGACUCACUACUCUGUGCAAUUGAUCUUUUGGGGCCGGCGAUGGAUGCGCCGCAGUGGUGGACGAAGCUCGUCAAAUCGAUUCCAACAAAAAUCGCUAUUAAGGAUUUACGAUUGCAGCUUAACCGCAGCAAACACUACGCACUACUUGCAGAACGGCUCAGCGCUGCUUCAGAAGCGAUAAAGAGAGGCCUAAGACCUGGAGCAAGGGAGACAGUUGCUUUGAAACGGGACCUCUUUUGCACGGAAUUGUCACUUCCACUGUUUAAGAAGCCCCAGUGGGACAUAUGGCGCUAUUUUCACAAGCUCUCCUGCGGAGGUGCACCAGAAAACUUUUGCGGCUGA